UGCAUGUACGCCGCCAACUUUGUUCUUAAAUCCGUUGUAUACUAGGCGUAAUGCCCAAGCAGAAGGGUUCGCACAGCAUCACAAGCACUGAUUAUUACGACGCAAGCGAAUAUUAAAUUUUUUUAUUAAUAAAAAAUCGGAUCGCUAAACCAAUCUAAGGAAAAAAAGCAAGUAAAUUGAAGAAAAACUAACAAUAUAUUUAUGGUUCGAGUUCCACCUUGUAACCAAGCCCUGAGCUUUCAUAUCGCAUAUCAAUCCUUCUGGACCACCCCUCCUCUUCUGGUUCUUUUUUUUUCUCUUUCCCCAUCACGGCCGUCACCAUCAUCCUGUACCUUUGACCUUCACCUCUUUUCUUUCACCCUAACGGCCUUGGCAAGCAAAAUAGUGAGGCCUCCUCAGUUCCGUGUUCGCUUAAACUUCUUGAGCACCAUUGGGCAUAUACAAUUGUAUUGUUGUAAGUACCUAUCGGAUGUGGUAAUUGUCCCCAGUUCCUACCUAAAUCUUAAAAAAAAGCCCAAUUUUUAUAAUUUGGCCUGUAGCCAUGAGCUGAGGGCGAAGCUCGGGUUUUUUUUCAGGUUGCGAAACGAACAUAGACACAACAAGGAUUUUUUUACAACACACAAUGCUCUUCCUCCGUCUACAUCAAAGACGCCCGACUAUUAUUCCACGAUAGCAUCCCUCCGGCGUUCUUCGAUCUAACAGCGUUCUCCAUACUAUAAUCCUACAAACCUAAUAGAAUACGAAAUACCGUUUUUACCGACGCGACUCCACGUAAAGCUUGCUCAAGAAGCGAGCAAAUGAGUUACAUCUAAAAUAGAAGCAU